AUGACGACGAUGAUUGCGCUCGCGACGAUCGCGCUCCUGACGAGCGGUGCGCCGCGCGUCGCCGCGGCGUCCGCGACGGGGACGGCGUCCGCGGCGAUGGACGCGUCCUCGAGCGGCGGCGACUCGAGCGUCGCGACGCCGACGCCGACGACCGCGACCGCGGCGGAGACGACCGCGUCCUCCCCCGCGGCCUCGUCCGUCUCGGAAGACGCGGACGGCGCGGCGGCGAACGAAUCGGCCGCCGCCGCGACGACGACGACGACGACGACGACGACGACGACGACGACGACGACGACGACCGCGCAGCCGCCGUCGACGAUCGGCGUCCUCGUCCCCCCGAAGAACGCGGAGCCGUCGUCGUCUCGCGGCGGUCGAGGCCCGGGCCGAGCGCCCUCGGUCCUCGGCGUCGGCGAUUCGUCCACGACGUGUCGCCGACCGCUCGAUCGCUUCUCCCGGGACGACCUCGACGCGUUCACGCGCGGGGCGACGACGACGAGCGACGGCGGCGGCGACGACGACGUACCCCUCGUGUGCGUUUCCGACGUGGUCGAGGGCGCGCGCAACGCGGCGAAGGCGGAGGAGGAGGCGGCAGCGGCGGAGCGAGCGGCGAGAGUCGCCGCGGAGAGGGAGAGGGCGAAGAGAGAGAAGCUGCCGUCGCUGAAGGCGUUCAAGCACGACCUCGAGGCGAAGGUGAUCCACGCGAAGGAGGAGCAGCAGCAGAAAGCCAUCAAGGAAGCCGCGGCGGCGGCGGCGGCGGCGGCGGAGGCGGAGAGGAAGCGGAAGGAAGCGGAGGAGGCCGCGAGCGGAUCGGAAGGCGGGGCCGGGGGCGGGGGUGAAAACGCGAAGACGCCCGCGGACGCGGACGAGGACGCGACCGGCGGCGGGGAGACCGUCGCCGCCGCCGCCCCGGGGGAGAAGGGCGAGAGCGAGAGCGGCGGGGAAGAAUUUUUCGCGGGGGGGUCGCGCGAGGGCGAAAACGCGGAGGUUUUGCCCGGCGCCGCGGCGGCGGCGACGGACGCGAACGCGAACGGCGACGACGCGACGGCGACGACGAAGGCGUCCGCGGCGGCGCCCGCCGCGGCGUCUCCUCCCCCGCCCGAACCGGCGCCCUCCUCCGCGGAAGACCCCGACGCGAACGUCGGAACGCCGCCGUCGACGCCGCCGCCGCCGUCCGACGCCGCCGGGGGGGACGCGCCGCCGAGCGACGCGUCCGCCGCCGACGCCGCCGAUCUCGCCGACGCCGCCGACGACGACGACGCGAACGCGACCGGCGCGCCGAACGAUGAGGAAGCCGCCGCCGACCUCGCCGCCGCCGACGCCCCCGACGACGACGCGUCCGACCCUCUCGUGCUUCCCGCGCCCGCGGAGGUCGCGGCGGCGUACGCGACGCAGUACAACUACGCCGCGGCGUCGAACGGCGCCAAGGUGGUCUCGUCCAACCCAGAGUCGAAAUCUCCCGCCUCCGCGCUGAGCGAGCACAUGGACUCGUACUACAUCACCCCGUGCGGCGCCAAGUCUGGGAAGUGGCUCACCGUGGAGCUCUCCGAGGAAGCCGCGGUGACCGCGCUGACGCUCGCCAACUACGAGUUCCACAGCAGCGGCGUGCGCGAGUUCGAGGUGUGGGGCACCGCGGGCGGCCACGACGAGGACGACGGCUGGCGGCGGCUAGCGCGCGGGAAAGCGAGCGGGCACCGCGACGCGCAGACGUUCGUCCUCCCCGGCGCGGGCGCGUGGAGUAAGUUUCUUCAGCUUCGAAUGACCGGGCACUACGGCGCGUAUCACUACUGCACGGUGAGCUUGCUGCGCGUGCACGGGAAGGACGCGCAGCAGACGUUGAAGGAGGAGAUGGAGGCGAUCAACAUGGAGGUGCGGGAGGUGGAGGAGAUCCUGCGCGACGCCGAUGAGGCGGAGGCGGAGGCGGAGGCGGAGGCGGAGGUGCGCGUCGACGAGGGUUCAAACGUCGGGGAUGACGACGACGAUGAUCGCGGCGGCGGCGGCGGCGACGACGACGCGGCCGCGGACGCGGACGAGGUGGACGCGGGCGCGGAUGAUACCCCCGCGGCGGUGACCACGUCGAAGACCGCCUCGGAGGACGCGGGCGCGGCGACGCCGGAUUCGGGGUCUUCAGCUUCCGCGGCGGACGCGGACGCGGCGGCGGCGGGCGGCGGCGGCGGCGGCGGCGACGGCGACGACAAAAACCCAACCGCCGCGAGCGGGAAAGGGUGGCUCAACUGGUUCGGCGGUGACACUCCGCCGGAGACGGAGAAGGCAGAGGACGCCGCGACGGACGACACCGCGGUGUCGUCGUCCGCGACGCCGGGACCGGGCGCGGCGGCGACGAAGGACGACGCGACGCGCGUCGACGCGACGGCGGACGCUUCGGCUUCGGCGCCGUCGACGACCGGCGGCGCCGCCGCCGCCGCCGCCGCCGCCGAGGAUCCCGUCGACGCGUCGCGGGCGACGCCGAGCGCGCCAGAGCGCGCCGCGGGCGCAACCUCGGGCGCGAGCGCGGAGACGUCGAGCGACGCGGCCUCGGCCUCGGCCUCGGCGGCGAACGAGAGGGAGAAGGAGAGACCAGCAGACGUCGGGAGGGACGAGAAGAAGGAGAAGUCGUCGACGUCGACGUCGGCGUCGGGGUCGCCUUCGGACGCGGGGAAGGACGAGGAGAAACCGCAGCUGACGUCCACGUCCACGUCCACGUCCACGCCGACGCAGACGCAGACGCCGCCGACGCCGUCGAAACCGUCGUCGUCGUCGUCGUCGUCGUCCGCCGGCGGCGGCUCCGAGAACGUCUUCUCGCUGAUGGCGAAAAAGAUCAAGGCGUUGGAGCUGAACCAGUCCAUGUUCGAUCGGUACGUCGAAGCGUUGAACGCGCGGUACGCGGACCGCUUCGACGACGUGACGCGCGACGUCGCCGCCCUCGAGGCGAAGCUGGAGAACGUCACGCGCGCGGCCGUCACCGCCGCGGAGGCGCGCGCGGAGGCGGCGUCCGGGAAAUGCGACGACGCGGCCAAGGCGGCGGCGGCGAAAGCCGCUGAAAGCGCCGCCGCGCACGACGCGUCGCUCUCGAGGGCGCGUCGCGAGAUGUCCGACGUCGCCGCGUCCUGGCGGACGCGCUUCGGCGUGUUGCUCGCGCUCGUCGCCGCGUGCUUCGCGUUCGUGUCCGUCGGCGUCGCGGGCUUGGCGGCGCACGCCGCAGGGAGCGGCGGCGGCGGGGGGGGGGGCGGGGGGGCGCUGGCGAGGCUGUUGGCGGCGGGCGCGGGCGUCGCCGCCGUCGUCGCCGGCGCCGCCGGCGCCGCCGCGGCGUGGACGCUGUUCGGAGGGGGGUUGGCGGGCGCGGUGAAGUUCGCGGCCGGGGCGGUCGAGCGCGGCGCGCGGGCGGUCGUCGCGCGGGCGAGGGGUCAGUAG